GGGUCAAAUUUGAAUUGUUUUAAAAAAUAGAUCCACGAAACCGUAUCCACUUUUCUCGAUAUUAUCUUCCUCUCGUCUUCUUCCCCAAAUUUUGUUCAUCGUAAAUUCAUAAAUUUUUAUCCUUUUUCUAAACAACUGGGAUUUUUUCAAUUAAUCUUGAAAUUGAUCUGGAUAUUCAUCUUAUUCUCGUUUCCCUCUAUCUAUUGGUACCAAUUUUGUUCUAUUUCGUUUGUCAGAUAAAAAUCUAGGGUUAGGGUUGUUCAUCUCCUCUCUAGUUGUUUGGUAUCUCGAUUCACCGUUUUAUUCCGCUGUUUACAUCUAUUUUCAUAAAUAACCCUUUUGAAUUUGAUGUCAAUUUCAUGUUUUUCGUCCCCGAUUAAGAUCUAGGGUUCAUAUUUUUCUCGAUCUAUCUCAGGGCUUCCUAGAUCUGUAAAUUAGUAGAGGGCUUUCUCUUGAUUUGUAUAUAUUUUGUCAAUUUUAUUACAUUUAACACCUGAUUUGGUUAAAAUUUUUGGGUAGGCCGGAUUCUGGGGUUUAGGGUUUUUUCUGAUUUGGGGAUUUUCGAUUUUUUCUAGCUUAAGCUUCUAAACGCCUAAAGUUCGUAUUGGCUAUCCCUAAUUUAUCGUAUUUGAGUCUCCUGGUGAAGUUCUAGUUUGGUUCUAUCCUUUGUGGUGUUGGCCUGAAACCGUAUCCGAGCUUAGCCCCUUUAGAGAGGUUGAAAAAUGGGAUUCAAGCGCCCUUUUGAAGAUGAGAAGUUUCAUGAGCUACCGCUCAAACAUUCUAGACAGCUUGGCUAUGCUGAUAAGUCGACUCAGUUUGAAGAAGUUGGUCCUCGCCAUGCUGUUUUCCAGAAACCUGUUGCCAUGGUGAAUGAGGGAAAUCUGUGUAAGUCACAAGGCUGUGAAUCAUCUAAUGGUGAUAUGUUUGAUGAAGAGUCCAAUUUUGUUUACCCCAGUCAUGACAUGGAUGAUACUUUAUGGGUUACAAACGGUUGUGGUGGAAGAGAAGCAACGCACUCUCCCCAUUCUGGAAAGUAUUUCGAGCUGGAUGUACCUCCAAGAGUGUUUGCUCCUGUUGCGACUUUCUAUUCUUUUCUCAUGGAUCAACCUGCUAGAAAGCAAGUCCCCAUAGGACCAGGUUUUCAAGCUGAAAUUCCUGAAUGGGAAGGUAGUCAGACUGGGUGUGUAGAACCCACAGGCAUGUCGGUUCAAAAUCACAUUAUUGAAUGUGCUGAUGGUGAGAAGCCGUUUGGUACGUGUGUUGUUCCCAUGCCUGCUUUGAAUACAUCUGCACAUAUUGAUGACAUAGUAGGGAAGGGUAGAAAGUUUUGUGUCUGCCAGGAUAGGGGUUCUGUCAGGUGUGUGUGCCAGCACAUCCAAGAAGCUAGAGAAGAAUUAGUUAAGACGUUUGGAAUUGAGAGAUUUAAAGACCUGGGCUUAUGUGAUAUGGGGGAAGAAGUUGCAUGGAACUGGAGUGAUGAAGAUGCACAACUUUUUCAUGAGGUUGUUUAUUCCAAUCCUGUUACAUCAGGUCGGAACUUUUGGAAGCACUUGGAAGCUGCGUUUUGUUCCCGAACUCAGAAAGAGAUAGUUAGCUUCUACUUUAAUGUUUUUGUCCUCCGAAGAAGAGCCAUCCAGAACAGAACUUUUAUAUUGGACAUUGAUAGCGAUGAUGAUGAAUGGCAUGGAUGUUAUGGUGGCUCUUCGGGUGCUCCAUAUGAUGAAGAAGACUCUGCUAUCGAGUCUCCUUUCCAUCAAGGGACUGAGAAAGUGUAUCCACUCCAUCAUGAAGAGGGUGAAGAAGAUGCCAGUAAUAGCAGCAGCAAAGAUGAAGAUGAUGAUGCCUAUGUUGAUACUAGAGAAAGUGGCACUGGACUGUAUUCAAAAGUUAAAUAUAUGGAUAUAAUUUCUGGGAACAAUGUGGAGAGAUUGAACGGGGAAGAUGACUUGUGCAUUUCCUUUGAACUUGCACAUGAUGCAGUCAACUGUGCAAAGAAAGAUGAGACUGUUCCUGGAGAGCAUCAGAAGAGUAGUGAUGACGCUAAAGUUCGGGAUGCUACGAAGUGCACAGAUGUUUUAAGAAAUGGCAGAAACCUUCAACCAACCCAAAGCAUCAUGGAGGAGAUAUUAGGUCAUGGAUCCUGGGAAAACAAGGCAAGAAACAAGUGAAGAAGCGCAACAUCAUUCUCAACAACUUGCAGAAUCCUGGGAGAGAUAUUGGGGUUUAUGGGGUCCUCCUACAAAAAUGUUCCUUUUUAAAAGUAGAGAGAGAGACUUUGUAGACUUUAAGAUUUUUUCAGCCUUUGUUUCUCAUGUGGAGUUUUGUGAAUGGGCUGUUGUUCCACUUUUCUUGGGACCCUCUUGCUCAAAAUUCUUUACUUAGAAUGUCAGAAUCUCUCUGAUUUGCAGGAAAGAUCUUUUCUUCAUUGAUCUUUAAAUUAUCUACAUGUAAGUUUGAAGGCAAA